UCACUCGGGGGGCUCGCAUUGAAAAUAAGAACAAAACUCCAGAGUGAGAGUAUUAGAGCAUCAGUUUAGGAGCCUCUUUAUUUACCCUUAGUUUAGUUUAGGUGUAGGCAUUCCCGGGGACGCACUAACCGGAUGGUGCUAUAAAUUGGAUGGUGCGCAAAUGGCAAGCGCUUUAGCUCUGAGAUAUCACUUGUAACACGAUUUCAAGGGAAUAUAUGAGACAAAUUAUGCUCUUCUCAAAGGACACUACGGCAAGGCUUUGCGUGGUGUCCAAGGCACUCACUGGUAUUUGAGUUGUUUUAUUUAUUUAUUUUACCUGUGCAGUUUUUUGGGGAUAACUUCCCCCAAGGUUUUUGCGCAAAAUUUCUCGCUGCGGAGGGAGCGACAAAGGGGUUAACGAGCGUAAAGUGGGGGAAAGUGAAUCAGUAUGGAAGAAAAUGAUCACGGCAACAGAGAUGCGGUGGAGCGGCAGGAGUCGGCGGACGAAUCCAACAGAGCCAUCCUCCCCUUGUUACAGGCGCCGGGGAACCUGCAGAUCCCGCACCGGGUCACCAAUUUCUUCAUCGACAACAUCCUGCGGCCAGACUUCGGACGCAAGAAGGACGCGGGCGCGCACCGCGAUGAGAGCAGCCCGGCGUCGCGGGAGACCCGCGGCAGCCCCGCCGCCCCUCAGACCGAGCCGGUGGGCAGCACGGUGCCGGCGGAGGGGACCUCCACUCCGCAUACGGUCACCGGGCCCAAGAAACCCGCGAAAACAGCCGAGGACCCCCUGAAAUCCGGCGGGGAGAACGGAGACCAGUGCCUAAGCUCAGACUCAGACAGUUCCCAAGCCAGCUCGAACCCAUCCAUGUCCCAACAACCCAUGCUGUGGCCAGCCUGGGUCUACUGCACCAGAUACUCGGACAGGCCUUCUUCAGCAGGGCCAAGAUCUCGCAAACCAAAGAAGAAACCGACCAGCAAAGAGGACAAGCGACCACGGACGGCCUUCACAGCGGAGCAGCUGCAGAGACUAAAGUCGGAGUUCCAGACCAACCGGUACCUGACGGAGCAGAGGCGGCAGAACCUGGCGCAGGAGCUGGGUCUGAACGAAUCCCAGAUCAAGAUCUGGUUCCAGAACAAGAGGGCCAAGAUCAAGAAGGCCAGCGGCACCAAGAACACUCUGGCCUUGCACCUGAUGGCGCAGGGACUGUACAAUCACGCCACCGUCACGUCGAAGGACGAGAAAUCAGACAGCGAUUGAUUCCCAGAGAAGUAACACAGCAGCCUCCCGACGAAGAAGAACCUAUAGUAAUCCUAUGAUAGAUUUAUAUUAAGAUUAAAAACUCUACUUACAGGAAUAUUUAAUGUUACCACUGCAGAUACUUUAACUAUCACUCACUAUGGAUGUACACAACGGCACCAAGACACCAUAACAAAUAAAUAGAGUCCCUACAGGAGUUUCUAACCCCACCAUAGGCCUCGGUAGGUUCCUAUGGGAAUAUUAUAGUGAUUUUUUUCGUUAUAUGGGAGGAUUUAAUCAAGCCUACAAUGCAAUAAAAUGAUCGAAUAAAGGGCCAGUGUAUAGCCUAUACCAGCAUAAAUUGUUUAAAAAAAACCAGAGAGAGAUAUUUCUGCAAUAUCACGUCUAUAAAAGAUGUAUAAAGGUACGUUUUCAUUGUUUUUGUCGUCCCCGCCCCCUUCCCGGGGCCACAAAUGCUUACACUCUCCAUUUUUAUAAGCCGUAUAAGGAUUACUGCUAUCCAUGAUUGUCAUGACGUUACAUUUAAACUAACUGGCACUUAACGUUUUUAUCUGUCAGUAAAGUGGGAAAUUAAUAAAAAGAAAAAAGGAAAAAAAAAAAAAAGAAAGGAAAAACUGAAGUCCAAAGAAUAUUUUUCUGCUGCAUCCUGGCUACUGUGAUUUUAAAUAUGCUAACAAGGUUUUUUCUAAUGCCAUGCUCGCUUGGUUUUCUUGGAUGUUUUCUGCGUGUAAAAAGGACAGAGAAAUUUCUUAGGGCUAAUUGGGCACUGAUUAUUAUUAUUAUUUUUUAUUAUUAUUAUUAAAUCCCCCCCCCCCCCCACCCC